AUGCUAGCUCUAAGUGAGACUGUCAGGACUUCGACGUGGGAGGACGCCAAGAACAGCUUUACCAGUCCAGCACUUGUUGGGCCGCCUUCGUUAGAGCUGUCAGCUUACAAGAAGGUACCUAGCAGUAAGAAGCGCACCGACGCCCGCCAAGGAACGAUAGAUCAAGACCCAGAAUUCAUGGCCUUUCUCGAGGGGCUCGCCAAUCCAGUGCCGCUUCGCGACAGUGCCGAUCUGGAUGAUGGAGAUGAUGCUAACAAGGGCGAAAUUAAAGUUACAACAACCCCCCUUGUCGAGUAUUUGAAAGAGAAGAGGGCCAACAGAUUGAAAGACUCGGUUUCCGGCAAGAAGCGUGGUGAAGGCAAGGGUAAGGGCUCUAGGGAGGACGAAUCUGCCAAAAAGAAGGGCCGAGAACCAAAGACCGAAAAACCUGAAAGGGUAGAGAAGGGCUCAAAGACGACGGUCAAGAUCCUGACGAAAAAGGCCGCUACCGAACAAGCAGCGGAUGCCGCAAAGAACGUGGCGAAAGCAAUCAAUGCCGCCAUUUCCCAAGACGCACCGAAAAACAGACGUGCUGGAAUCGCUACCGCAGCUCGUAUUCUCCAGCGCGAUCUGGGUCUUAGCCCGGGAUCUGCUCAUAGAAAGGCGCGACAUGACGCAGCUAAGGCUGAAGCCAAAGCCAAAGAGGCAAAUCAGGCAAACCAGGCAGAAGAGGUGCAGGAGGCUAGUCAAAUAGCAGAGCCUGCGACGACCGAGGAGGGCAAAGGAAAAGUCAAUGGUACAACCGGAAAGCCCCAAUCAGGAAGAAGGGGCCGGGAGGCCAAGAAUGGAGCGAAGGUGACCACAGCCCCUGAAGGCCAGUUACAAUCCACAACAAUCAACCCACCUGUGAUUCUCAAGAAGAAACCGGAAGGGCAAGCAAAUGCGUCAAGCAGCACAGCUGGUUCCACCACGGGAUCAACCAACCAGCAGACUACAGCGCUGAAACCGGCAACGGAUAAGAACUUGAAGCCUACGGCGACUAAUAGCAAGGCUGGCCAGUCACAAAAGAAGCUGCAAUCAGUCACGGCAGGUGCAACAAGAGCAUUUGUAAAGCAUGCUAUCCAAUCUCAAGGAGUUACCGAAGUCGCACUCCGGCAAGCCUUGGAGCCGCUUGGAACCAUCACGGCCAUUGAGAUGGACAAGCGCAAAUCAUUUGCUUACGUCGACUUUGCUGACCAUGGCGGACUUGUCAAGGCAGUGAAUGCAAGCCCCUUGGCUGUUGCACAGUGCUCGGUGCAGAUUCUGGAGCGCAAAGAUAAGAAGCCAACAACAACGAGCCCUCCUACAGUCGCAGGUACAGCAUCUGUCUCCGCGGAAGGGGACAAGGACAAGUCGAAGACCGGCGAGAAAGAGAAAGAGAAGGGAUCCGAAGGCGGACCUACAAGACGCGGCCGCCGGGGUAGAGGUGGCCGGGGGAACAAUGGAGGAGGUGCCUCCAAUGCCCAAGCGACUAGUGCUUCCGCAGGUCAGGCUGCACCAAAGAAUGCGGCGCCGGUAACGUUAGGAUGA